CGGCGGGCCUGCCUGUGCGCGCGCCUGCCAGCUCACCCUACGUCCCUCCUGCCCUUUACAGGCUGAUCAGCUGGUCUGCGCUCUCCUGACGUAGGCCUGGGCACGUCACCGCCGAAUGGCAGCCUCCAGAAAGCCACCGCGAGUAAGACGGCAGAAUGGCUCCAAAAGUAACUUCGGAGCUGCUUCGGCAACUGAGACAAGCCAUGAGGAACUCCGAGUAUGUGACAGAGCCAAUUCAGGCCUACAUCAUUCCGUCGGGAGAUGCUCACCAGAGUGAGUACAUUGCCCCGUGUGACUGCCGGCGGGCCUUCGUCUCUGGAUUCGAUGGCUCUGCGGGCACGGCCAUCGUCACGGAAGAGCAUGCGGCCAUGUGGACCGAUGGGCGCUACUUUCUCCAGGCUGCCAAGCAGAUGGACAGCAACUGGAUGCUCAUGAAGAUGGGUCUGAAGGACACGCCAACUCAGGAAGACUGGCUGGUGAGCGUACUUCCUGAAGGAUCCAGGGUUGGUGUGGAUCCGCUGAUCAUUCCUACAGAUUACUGGAAGAAGAUGGCCAAGGUCCUAAGAGGCGCCGGCCACCACCUCAUUCCUGUCAAGGAGAACCUUGUGGACAAAAUCUGGACAGACCGCCCUGAGCGCCCAUGCAAGCCCCUCCUCACCCUGGGCCUGGAUUACACAGGUAUCUCCUGGAAGGAAAAGGUUGCAGACCUUCGGUUGAAAAUGUCCGAGAGAAACGUCGUGUGGUUUGUGGUCACUGCCCUGGAUGAGAUUGCGUGGCUGUUCAAUCUGCGAGGAUCAGAUGUGGAGCACAAUCCGGUAUUUUUCUCCUACGCAAUCAUAGGACUAGAGACAAUCAUGCUCUUCAUUGACGGUGACCGCAUAGAUGUCCCCAGUGUGAAGGAGCACCUGCUUUUUGACUUGGGCCUGGAAGCUGAAUACAGAAUCCAGGUGGUUCCCUACAAGUCCAUCCUGAGCGAGCUUCAGGCCCUGUGUGCUGACCUCUCCCCAAGGGAGAAGGUGUGGGUCAGCGACAAGGCCAGCUAUGCCGUGAGCGAGGCCAUCCCCAAGGAUCAUCGCUGCUGUAUGCCUUACACCCCCAUCUGCAUUGCUAAAGCUGUGAAGAACUCAGCCGAGUCAGAAGGCAUGAGGCGAGCCCAUAUUAAAGAUGCCGUUGCUCUCUGUGAACUCUUUAACUGGCUGGAGAAAGAGGUUCCCAAAGGUGGCGUGACGGAGAUCUCAGCUGCUGAGAAAGCUGAGGAAUUUCGCAGGCAACAGGCUGACUUUGUGGACCUGAGCUUCCCAACAAUUUCCAGUACGGGACCCAACGGCGCCAUCAUUCACUACGCGCCAGUCCCUGAGACGAAUAGGACCUUGUCCCUGGAUGAGGUGUAUCUCAUUGACUCGGGUGCUCAGUACAAGGAUGGAACCACAGAUGUGACCCGGACCAUGCAUUUUGGGACGCCUACAGCCUAUGAGAAGGAAUGUUUCACGUAUGUCCUCAAGGGUCACAUAGCUGUGAGUGCAGCCGUUUUCCCAACUGGAACCAAAGGCCACCUUCUUGACUCCUUUGCCCGCUCAGCCUUAUGGGAUUCUGGCCUGGAUUACCUGCAUGGAACAGGACAUGGUGUUGGGUCUUUUCUGAAUGUUCACGAGGGUCCUUGUGGCAUCAGUUAUAAAACGUUCUCUGAUGAGCCUUUGGAGGCGGGCAUGAUUGUCACUGACGAGCCAGGCUAUUACGAAGAUGGGGCUUUUGGAAUUCGCAUUGAGAAUGUUGUCCUGGUGGUUCCUGUGAAGACCAAGUAUAACUUCAAUAACCGGGGAAGCCUGACCUUUGAACCUCUAACUUUGGUUCCGAUACAGACCAAAAUGAUAGAUGUGGAUGCUCUUACAGACAAAGAGUGUGACUGGCUCAACAAUUACCACCUGACCUGCAGGGAAGUGAUCGGGAAGGAACUGCAGAAGCAGGGCCGCCAGGAGGCUCUUAUGUGGCUCAUCAAAGAGACGCAACCCAUCUCCAGACAGCAUUAAUACCUCCCUAGUUUUUGUCUUUGUAAGAAGCGCUGGGGAAAGGGAGAAAACGUGGCAGACCCUUGCCAUCUUUCUCCUCUCCUCUCCUUUCUCCCUACCUCCCCUUUUUACUUUUAGACUCUGAAGAAGAACUGAAAACCUUCUUAUCCUCUUUGAUAUUUUCUUGCAAACACUCAGUCUUAUGAUUUUUUUCGUUGUUGAGAACAAGCCAAGAAUAAAAUUGCUGCACCAGAAGGGGAGGCCCACAAAGCUGGGCACUCCGUCAGGGGGCGCCCGGAGCAGCCACAGGGAGCCCCCAGUGACAUGGAAUGGAGCGCUCUGUAUCAGUCAGGCUCCAGGUGCUAGUUUAUCACUCAUGAUCAUCUUCAUGCCCACGAGACUAUUUAUGAUCGGUGAAUAAACAUGUCAGAACUCUGCCCUGUUCAGUUGUCUCUUUCCACAUGCUGCUGUUCCCCCACCAGUCAGGCGAGCUGAUCUCCGGGGCCGGGGCCUCUGGCAGAUGUGUUCUAGGUGGAAGGCCCCCUCUGAGGAGAGAUCCCUGGCCUCCC